GCGUACUCUCGAAAGCGAAGUAUCACCUUACAGGAUCCAACUCCCUUCUUCCUUCCUCCCACCAAAUGCGAAUUCUCCGAGAACUCUCCCUCCUCCUCUAAUCUCUGAAAGCUUCACCAUUUCCAAACCCCCAUUGGAGAUAUUAUUCGAUCAGGGACCCAAUUGGUUGUUUGGAAUCAAAGCCGUGGUGAUACGUCGUCGUUUGGCUCGGAAAGAUGGUUUAUCACUCUAGUUUCGUCAACGAUGAAGGUAUCACUAAAGCUUGUGGGUGCCCUCUGUUGCCGUUGAAAAGCCACAUAAAGGGACCUGCCCCGGUUUCAGAGCAAGAUAGAACGGAUAUUGUUGAUGAAGCUAUUUCAUUCUUUCGCGCUAAUGUUUUCUUUAGGAACUUUGAUGUUAAGAGCUCGGCCGAUAAGCUCCUCAUUUAUUUGACAUUUUAUAUCAAUGUGGCUUUGAAGCGGCUUGAGGGUUGCAGAACUUUGGCUGAAGGAACCAAGGCCAUUAUUAAUUUGGGACUAGAAAAAGUUCCUGUUCCUGGAGAGCCGAGUUUCCCUUUCCCAGGACUUUUCCCUCUUCCUCAGUCCCAGCAGGAAGCAGAAUUGCUGAGGAAUUAUUUGAAGCAGAUAAGGGAGGAAGCAAGCGGUAGAUUAUUGAGCGUUGCUUAUAGACCGAACGGGACUCCCAAUAAGUGGUGGUUGGCGUUUGCUAAAAGGAAAUUUAUGAACAUCAUUGUUCCAUCAGCCUGAAUCGAAUAGCUGCUGUUGUGGAUUCUAAACGGUCAGUAGUCUAGUGAUGUUGAGCCACCAGAUUACCUUGCAAAUCAGAGAUACCUCUUUCCGCAACCUACGGUUUAUUCUUUCUCUUUCGUUUCCUACAGAGUCCUGUAUUUGAAUUAAAAAACCGACUAUUCCAUCUACGAUGAGUUAUCUGACUA